GAAUGAUAGCUUUGACUGUUUCAUUUGUCUUGUAAAGAUGUAACUCACAUGUGAAGAUUGGAUUCUUUUCUUCAUUUGAUUUCAUGCAUACUGGAUAUUUAAAACUGUUGGUCCGAAUAAAUUACUUUUGUGUGCAAAUUAAUCUGACUGAACUUUCAAAAUUCUUGCCAGCUUCUUCUCCUCCAAGAUAUGUCUAGAAGUCCUGGAAGGUGACAUGGGAGGAAGCUCAGAGCUACUGCAGGAAGUUCCACACAGACCUGGCCUCCAUCAGGAAUGAAGAAGAGAUGACACUGGUCCAGAAGGCUGGACCGGGAAAUAUGGGUGUUUUCGUUGGUCUGUCCAGAAGAACCUGGUACUCUUGGUCAGAUGGCACAGAGCAUGAAUUCAAAAACUGGUUGACUGGAAACAUACCAUAUAACACUGGAGACUGUGCUACCAGUUUGAUCGGUGCUACUGAUGCUGGAAAGUGGAUGGAAGAUCAGUGUGACCAAAAACUUCCUUUCAUGUGCCACUACGAGAAAAAGCAGCAGCUUCGGAUCAAGCUGAGGGUUCUGAAAUCCACAAUGGACCUGAAUGACCCCGCUGUGACGGAGGCCAUCCAGAAACUGCUGGAGAAGAAGCUGAAAGAGAAAGGGAUCACAGCAGGGUUCAAACUUAGAUGGGUCAAGAAGAAUGACAACACCAUCUUUGAGGAAGAGAAGGAAGAGAAGGAUGAACUGUAAACUGUAUUUACAGGAUAUCUUUCAUUUGUUUUACUUUGAAGGUUCAUGUUUUAGGUUGACAUGUUAGAGCCAACUAAUAAAUAUCAAACUGUCAUGUGAGACAUUUAUUGUUUUGGAGUAGAGCAGAGUAAAUUGUUCAGAAAACUGAACAAAUAUCUUAUUUAUCCUGUUGCUGUGUUGAUAAAUUAAUGGUAGGGCAGAUUUACAGCUGAUUUUAUGCAACAUACAUGUGGAAAUCUACACAUUUAAACUGUGAAAAUUUUCUCAUGUGAAAAUGUUGUAAUGAACUGCAGAGACAUCAGCGUAUCCCUGUAAAGCUGGAUUCAUUUAUAGAGCAUGUUGUUGGAUAUUUCAGAGUGAUGUGUGAUGUAUUAGGAUUUAAUAUUGUAGCUUUGUAAGAAAAUCUCUGAGGUCAUGAGAGUUGUGAAGGAAAAAUGACUCUUUCCCCUUUCUAAGGUCAUAAUGGCCUUUAGACAGACAGACACUGCAGGAGAUCAGAUAUCGUCUAUUGUGAUGUGACUAAGCAGACCAGUUGUCUCCAUGUUGGUCUGUAAUCUAAAUCUGACCUUCUCCCAACUCCAAUAUAAAGCCAAAGAUCAGAGAGAAUCCUCAGAAGUGCUGCUGGCAUUGCUUGCAUGUACUGCUGCUCUGUUGGUGUCACUUCUCCUGAUAUCAGUAAACAUUACUCACAACCUAAGUCAUCUGAGUCUCCAGUGUGUCUCUCUGGAUCUGCCUCCACAUCACUGAACUUCAGCAACAAGAGUCCAGUGAAUAUUCUUCAUUGUGUGGUUUUUAAAUAUCUACAGAUCUGUAGCUGACUUGUAUCUGUUCUUUGUGUUAAAACUGUGUUUGCAACUGUAAUCAUCAUAAAGAUU